CGUGCUUGUCCCUGGAGGUCAGUUUCGGAAGGACAUCGGACAUUGACCGACCAUAACCGCACAGCAGUGGACACUUGAGCUAUGAAGCCGGACACCGUACUGUCUACCAAGAUGUUCAACGAGCCUCAAGAAAUGGCGCGUCAAGGAGAGAGUAAAUCCUCCAACAAGAAAAAAUUCGCAAUUGGCGCCGUCACGCUCGUCAUUGUGGUUGCCAUGGCAGUGGGCGGAGUUUUGCUUGCCACUCAUAUGUCGCAGAAGGCGAGCAAUGACAUGUUGAAGGCUUACCUUGUCACCUUCAAAGACGACAGCUCAGAGUUCCAGCAAGAGAUAGAGAUCAGUGCCUCCCAGAAACUGGAAGCCGUUCACGUAGCAGCUGAGAGCGGAAAGCAGGAAACCUUCGUCCUCCAUGAUUAUAGCACGGGGAAAACUGCCUUGAGAUUCGCAGGCGACACAUCUUGCUAUAUUCGCAGCAUGGAAAAGCGAAUGACAAGAACUAAUGUCACCGGGUUACAGCAGAGCUACCAAGAAGCUCAGCAUCAGACCCCUGGGAAGAUCUCAAGCGUCGAGCAAUCCUACUACCAGGCCGUGGACGCUCCCGUUGACCGUUCUUCUCUCAGCAAGGCCGUCCUGGAUUUCUGUGCUGGACACAAAUUGCAAUUUCUUGAGAAAACUACCAAAGAAAAUAUCAAAGCAACAGCCACUUCCAAAUCAAGAAGCCGCCGCGAUCUGUUCGACAAUUUUAGUGCGUUGGCCACUAGGAAAUUCUCAAAAAUCAACGCUCGUCUUGGAAGCAACGACGACGACGGCAAGAAGUCUGGGGGAGACGUUGGCGCUGCCUCUUUUGGAGGUCCACCCCCUCCCCCACCCCCACGCGACGUCGGUGCUGUUGUACCUCUUGGCAAUGCCUACGGUCCUGACGACCCUUACCUAAACAACGGCGGUGUUGGCGGUCGCAAAGAUCCGUAUCAAGGCGGUGGUCAUGCCGACCGUUACGAUUCUCACCAAGGUGGCGGUCAUGCCGAUCCUUACGAUUCUCAUCAAGGUGGUCAUGUUGAUCCUUACGAGCCUCAUCAUGGCGGGUACCAGCAAAAACAAGUCGAUGUUCCGUGCCAGAAACAGUCCGCUUGCAAGGUCAACGAGGGAUGCACCGUCCGCACCGAUCGCACUUGUGAGGAUUACGGAUGGUUCUUCGGGAACCGUGGAGGAGUGGGAAGAGGCAGAUACCUGGACGACGCCCGUUGUUUGAGGUGGAGAUACGUGGAUGUUAAAGACUGCGUUAUUGUUAAUAAAUGCGAGGAUUUGUGCACUUAAAAUGCGAUUCACUUUCUGAAAUGUGUGAACUGUAUACGGGUUAUACAUUAUUUGUUUUAAAGAACGAGUAAGAACAAUUUACAUGGUAUUUUAUUUAACAUUGGUACCUAUGAUCUCAUUUCAAUUAAGUAUAAAAUCAGUCUCAUGCUCUG